GUCGUGUCCAGACUAUCCGUGCGCUUUCCCUUUCUGAAAUGACGUUUCCGUCCUCUUGCAAAACCACCCUAAUUUCACCCUAAUAAUUUGAGCGGGGUGGGAGGACCUACAGUAUGACAGUUUCCUUAGAAACUUCUCUACAAAAUCGAAUCAAAGUCACGCGAUUCAUGAAUCGUCCGGCCCAGUCCUAAUUUUACUCAAACAGUUGAACUUCUUCAAUUAUUGUAGGUUCUCAAAGAUGAGGAUGGCGACGUCAAUUUUCGUCUUACUUGCCACAUAUCUUGGUAAGAAUAAAUAGGUUGUGGUUAUAUAAGUUGGGGUUUUAAUUUUUCACUUUUUCAUCUCCUAGAUGUGAAGCUUUUAAGCUUACAUGAAUGUAGUAACAAAGUGUCGUGUGCAUCAAUGUAGUUUGUCUUUAAGGGCUUUAAUUUGCAACAGCACAGCUACUGAAUCCAAGGCAAAGAUCUUUUUUAAACUUAUUGUGGUCAAGGAAAUUCAAGAUUGACUUUCUGAUCACGAAGGAGACUGCAUUCGGAAGAGCGCGCUGCCGAAUUGGUCGUAGCUCGAAUUCUGCUCUUUUAUUUAUUUAAUCAAUUAUUUUAUUCCCUGCGGCUAAAUGCCCGGCAGUCAGGAAUUCUCUCAGCGUCUUUGAUAUUGGUGCUUUGCUCACUCGUGAAAUAAUUUUCGACACUCGAAGAGAAAUUUCGUAUCUUCAAGCGGCCAUGUAAUAUCCUUUAUGUAGGGUAUAUUAUGAAGAUAAAAAAGGAUUCGAAGAAAGAGAGAAGUGAGUCAGAUUUUCUUCUAAUUCCUGACCAAUAUACUUUGAUAUCUUUUUAGUAACAUGACAUAUGUGUACACCGUACUUCCGCAGGAGGUGCUGAUCGAUUCAAAUUCUGAGAAACUUUGUAACCUCAACCUGCCCAAUACCAGUAUAAUAUCAAGUUUUAUAAUAAUAUAAAUUGUUGAGCAAAAGAGAAAAAUAUCAAUAUAAUUUAUUAUUGCGAUAUUAAGGGAUAAUUUUUUGGCUUUAAGCCAGUCCAAUAUCUUCAUCAUUGUGAACAACUUGUAACAUAUUUGGUCUGUCUGGGAUCAGCAUGUGAAUAAAAAAGAGAAAUGUUUUUACUAGAUUAUGUGCAUUUGGGAGGUCAUUUAAUUAGAUAUUAAAGAGAAGUGGGCUUGGCUUGGGCUAGAAGUGGGCUAAAUAUUGAUCAUUGUAGGAUACCUUAUAAAUGUAAUUUUUUCCUGUUGUAUACAGUAGCUAUACCAAACUGAACAAUACUGUUUCUUGUUUGUUAAUAGAGUAUCUCCCCUAAAGCAUAGUGAUCUAGUUUAUGGAGCAAGAUACAAUGAUUAAGAGUGUCAAAAGGUUUAAAAUUUUUGGCAAGACCUAGAAAAACUGGAACAGUUGUUUCUUUGUUGUCUGUAGAAGAAGCAAUGUCAUCAACCAAUUGAAUCAAGGCUAUUUAAGUGGAGUGAAGCUUCACAGGAUAGGAGCUAAAUAAAUGGACCCAGAUUUUAUUAUUUAUUAUUCGUGAUAAGACACACAACAUCAUGUAAUUUUCCCUGUGGAAAAAGAGUGUUGAUAUUGAUACAUGAAGGUACAAUAUUGAAAUAUCAGAUAAAGUGUUGUUUUUUUUUUACUGUAUUAUGUGACAAAAACAUUGUGAUUGUUUGAGCCAGUUGGGAAAGGAACACAGAAGGGAAAAGCUUAAGGUCUGUAUGAACCAAAUGACAGACACCACAAUCAACUCUCCCCAAGAACAACCAAUGAUAGUCACAGAGAGAGUCGUAAUAUAAAGAAGUCAAGCAGAUGAAGUCACACAGACUUGAGAAUGUACUUUGAAUACUGGCAAGGUCCUGUGACUAAAUUAUCUUCCUUUUUUCACUUUAUAGGAUUGAUUUACCCAUUUGUAAUAAGUGUGCCUUGUAAGAUGAUUCAUCAUGCCCAAGAUGACAUUUUGAAGUUCUUUGAAGUGACUGAUGGAAAUGAUGUCACAUGGUUACAUGCUGUCAACUCACCUGAGUUAUUAGAACAGGGGCUGUCAGGCAAGACAAUGAUGCUGGAGGCAGAUGUCUUGAUGCGGAACAACAUGGUGGAUGGAACCCCUGUUAUGGCCCAUCCCCCAGCUGUAGACAGCAACUUAACCUUGCAAACUUUUCUGGAGAAAACAACCACCUCACUCAGCAAAGGAAUCAAGUUGGACUUCAAGACAAUUCAAGUAGUGGAACCUGCCUUAAAGAUGAUAAAAAAUGUAACGUCUGGGCAACAGGUCACCAACCCAAUUUGGUUGAAUGCUGAUAUACUACCUGGUCCUUGCUAUGAUGAAGUUUGUGUUCCUGUGGACCAUGAGAGGUUCCUGUCUCUGUGCAAAAGUUACUACCCCAAUGCAACCCUUUCUAUUAGCUGGACAACAGGAAAUAAUAUGACAGCAUCAAAAAACUACUACAACUGGUCCCAAGUUCUCCCAAUGGGAAAACUUGUAUCCCAGAUUGCACAGCCAAUCACCUUUCCUUUCCGUGCUAAUCUUGUGCAAAGGUCAUGGGAUCAGCUUCAGUGGUUACUUGACUUGUCAGAAGAAUUCACUGUGACAAUCUGGUCUUCUACAACUGAUAAGCUUGAUCCUCUAGACCUUGUUGCUCUACGUAAUAAUGUGUCAUUUAAAAGAAUCUAUUAUGACCUUCCACCUGAUCAGGAAAAGGCCUUUGAAGAUGCUCUAAAGUCCAACAGUGACAUUGUUAAAAAGAAAGAGGCUUUUGAAUGGAAAGCUUCAGCUGCAAAGGAUUGCCAAGAUGUUCUUGUUGGUCAUAACAGUGUAAUGUUUUCAGGACAGGGUGGAACAGUUGUUUCUGAGAAGACUCUGUACAAAGUAUCAAAUGGUGCAUUCUCAGAAUUUACAGGUAAUGUUUCCUUCAUCAAGCUUGAUGGAGCUAGAGAGAGUGGAAGUGUUACCAUCAAACUGCAUGUUAAAGAUGAAACUGGUGAGGCUGUACUCUCAGGUCAGGUAGUCUCGUUAUUGCUGCACAGCGAUGGCAACUUUCGACUCUCUAUAGCUGAAAAUGAUAUGAAGGAAGGAUCAGUAAAAAGUGAUAAGGGUGAGUUCAACUUUAAAAUCUCAGAAGAUUCAACUGAUACAGAAAUGAGAACUGUCAAAUGUGAAAUUACUGCAAGGGAAAACCAUCAAAGUAAAGCAACUGUUUCCUUGGAUGUAAAAAGCGAGCCAGCUGGGGGUUAUGCCUUAAUCACCACAGGAGUACUGUCAGAUGCAAUUCUUGUGAGAGAUGUUCACUUUGCAGUUGCACUGCCUGGGUUGGCAGGUUGUAGCUCCUUGAGGUGUUAUUUUGGAAUAAUUUCACUUGUUGUGAUGGCACUGUUUCAUAGUUUUGUUUAG